AUGGCCGCCCGCCAUUGCCCGCAAGCGACGCCUGAUGAGAGCGUACCUCUCAUCGUUGACCCUGAAAACGCUGAGACUGCACCUUCAACGUUCUCCGAGAAUGAAGAGCAUCCACAAGGCCAGAUCUCGAGUAGGAUAGCUUCUCGUCUCUACAUAUCACAUUUUCUAUCAACAUGGAAUUCUCGCGUUUUCGAAUUCGGAGCUGUCCUGUACCUGGCCACGGUCUAUCCAGGGACGCUACUUCCCAUGUCAGCAUAUGCACUCUGUCGUGGGCUCGUGGCAAUUAUCUUCUCUUCACCGGUGGGCUAUUACAUCGACGUUGGUAACCGUUUGCAGGUCGUUCGAGUUUCAAUUGUGCUGCAACGACUUGUCGUGGCUGCAUCGUGUGUAAUCUUUUACAUACUGGCGAUUGGUCGUCCUAUGACACGCAUCGUCAACGUGUGUUUGCUGGCAGCUCUGACCUUUUUGGCCUGUAUUGAAAAGCUAUGUUCUAUUUUGAACAUGGUAUCUGUGGAGAAAGACUGGGUUGUAGUCGUUGCUGGAACCGACCAUGCAGGCUUGAGAACAAUGAACGCCCAGAUGCGACGAAUCGACUUGAUCUGCAAGCUACUCGGACCUCUAUUCAUCGCCCUUAUCGAUGGCAUAUCCACUGAAACCGCCAUCAUUGUCAAUUUCGGGAUGAAUGUCUCUUCUGUUGUGGUGGAGUAUUACUCAAUCGCCAAGGUGUACGAUGAAGUGCCUGAGCUGCAGGAAGCAAAGGCAUCUCCUCCCGGGGCCCCAAGUGGGCAAUCUGUAGAGCAAAGCGUCUUUUCACGUGCCAAUGGAGCUGUCCGCCAAGGCGUACGACAGGCUCUAAAAGACUCCAGUUUCUAUAUCCGACACCGAGUCUUCCUCCCGUCAUUUGCUGGAGCUUUGCUGUACUUGACAGUUCUAUCUUUCUCGGGGCAGAUGGUCACAUGGCUUCUAUCGACAGGCUACGACUCGACGCAGGUUGCUGUUGCAAGGACUUUGGCGGUUGCGUUUGAGGUAUUGGCCACGUGGGUCGCUCCCUGGCUGAUGGGGAGGAUAGGGCCCACUCGAGCUGGACUUUGGCUGGCAAGCUGGCAAAUUACAUGUCUGGCAGUUGGUCUGGCUAUCUUUUGGCGCUUCGCGAGCGAACCUUUUCUCUCGGCAUCUGGUCUUGUCGGUGGCGUAAUUCUCAGCAGGUUAGGCUUGCGAGGGUUUGAUCUCUGUGCACAGAUCUUGGUUCAAGAGGGCAUUGAAGCCGAGGCUCGAGGCUCCUUCUCCUCGACUGAAGUGGCCUGGCAGAAUUUAUUUGAGAUUUGCUCCUAUCUCUCCACCGUGAUAUUCUCGCGCCCAGAUCAAUUCAGAUGGCCAGCCCUUAUCAGUGUGAUUGCUGUUGCUCUUGCUGGUCUUCUGUACGCAAUAUUCGUACGGAUCCAAAGGGGGCAUUUGUUGCACCUGCCGAGUUGCUUUACCCAUGACCGCCUACAUCGUUCUGGACAACGAGCUCUAGACAGAAUAUCCUCCUUUUCCGAUAUGUAA